AUGUCUAACUCCAAGGAAACAUCUAACGCCGUCACAAUAACAGACCCAGAAUCCACAAACCAACCCGCCGUUAAAAAACCACCGUCAAAAGACCGUCACAGCAAAGUCGACGGACGCGGCAGAAGAAUACGCAUGCCGAUAAUAUGCGCCGCACGUGUCUUCCAGUUAACACGUGAGCUCGGUCAUAAAUCCGACGGCCAAACCAUCGAGUGGCUCCUCCGUCAAGCCGAGCCCUCCAUCAUCGCCGCCACCGGCACCGGAACUACUCCCGCUUCUUUCUCUUCUCUCUCCGAGCAUAAACCGUUUCUCUCUCCUUCUCCGUUCAUUCUCGGGAAACGGUUACGUUCGGAACACGAUGAUACCGUUUCUGUUUCGAUUGCGGCGCCUACUGCUCCUCCUGCUUUGUGGAGGCCGGAUUUCGCUCAGCUUUGGAGUUUUGCGGCUGCGGCUCAACCGCAGCAGGAUGUUCUUUCGAUUUCUCCGAAUCAGCAUCAUCAGCAUAGUUCGCUUUUUCAUCAUCAGCAGCAACAGCAACAACAACAGCAUCAACAACAACAAGGUUCUAUGGGAGAAGCUUCCGCGGCGAGGCUAGGGAAUUACCUUCCCGGUCAUCUGAAUUUGCUGGCUUCACUGUCAGGUGGUAAUGGAAACUCUGGCCGCGGAGACGACGAGGAUCGUUGA